AUGGGAGAGAACAUCUGUGAAGCUGUCUUUGAUUGUUUGAGAGCCAGAGAAAUAAACACCACCCACCUGGUGUCAGUGGCUACUGAUGGGGCACUGAGUAUGACAGGAGUGCAAAAGAACUUUGUGACUUUAUUGCAGAAGUUUCUGGAUGGAAAGCUUCUGACAUUUCACUGCAUCUUGCACCAAGAGACAUUGUGUGCUCAAACAUUUCCUCCAGAAUGCACAGAAUUAAUGAAUUUUGUCAUUCAGAUUGUCAAUAAAAUAAUGGCAAAAAGCUUAAAUUGCCAUCAGUUCCAUUUGUUACUGGACAAGCUGGAAAGCACACAUUUUGAUAUAUUGUUGCAUAAUAAAGUCUGGUGGCUGACCAGAGAGAAGGUGCUGAAAGGCUUUUCUGCAUGUCUGGAAAAGGUGAAAACUUUCUUGGGCAGUAAAGGGUUCACCUUUCCUGCACUGAAACAGCCUGAAUGGCUGGAAAAGCUACAGUUCAUGGUAGAUAUGACAGAACACCUGAACAUGCUGAACUGA